AUGAAAUUGCUCCGAGAUAUUGUCUGUUUUUUGGGCGCGAUUCCCAGCGCGACGGCCGGAAACGCAGUGCAAGAAGACAAAGGUCUUAUACAUGAGGACUGGAAAGAGAGUAUUCUUCCCCUAUUGGAUUUAGCACCUCCAAAGCUUAACCCAAAAUUCUUUUGUAUCGAACAAUACUUUGCAGCGAAAAGUCUUAUAUCUUCACGAUCUUUUGAGAUUGAUGAUUAUCAUGGUCAUGGCAUGCUUUCCCUGGCAGAUUUAUUCAAUCAUAAAACGGGUGCAGAGGAUGUGCAUUUCACUGCUAUGCCCUCUAAUUAUGAAUCUGAUACUGAUGUUGAUGGUUCUAACAAUGAUGAGGGCAUUGUUGAUGAAGCAGCAUUGGCUCAAAAUUCCUCUAUAGAUGUGACUGCGUUAGAGACUGCUCAUGUUGGGAACUGCAUUGUUAGUGAGUCGAAUAGUUCUUCAGUUACUGAGGGUGAUACUUCAAUGCUGGAGAUGAUUAUGAUAACAGAUGUCAGCAGUGGAGCCGAGGUAUUUAAUACUUACGAGUUAUUGGGUAAUGCUGCUUUGCUUCAUAGAUAUGGAUUUACUGAGCAAGACAAUUCCUAUGAUAUUGUGAACAUUGAUUUGGAACUGUUACUGCAAUGGUGUUCUUCAUUGUUUUCUGACCGCCACGGUAGAGCAAGAGCCUCCCUUUGGAGGAGGUUAGGCUAUUCUGCGUGUGGCAGCCAAAACAGUGAAUAUUUUGAGAUCUCAUUUGAUGGAGAACCGCAGAUUGAGCUCCUCAUUUUAUUAUACAUCAUUUUAUUACCAGAUGAUGCCUACCAUAAGUUAGACCUUUCAGUAUCAAUUGCUGGAAAUUGUCAUGAAUCAAGUGAAACCAUUCUUUUGAAUAAUCAUAUCUUAUCAAGGGAAACCUUUAAUAUGAGCAAUAAAUCGUUGCUGACUAAAAAAGUAAGUGAUGCUCUGCUGUCACUUGCUGAUAUGAAGGAGAGUCUCUACGGUUUGAAAUCAAUUGAAGAUGAUAUUGAGGCAUUGGGAAGGUGUCGUAAUGUUAGAGAAAAAAAGCAGCAUCAUUCUUUGAUGCUGCGGAUCAGUGAAAGAAAGAUCCUUCAAAAGCUCAGGAAUUAUGCUUCAAAGCCAUUUAAAACCACUAACCAGUAA